GUGACUCAUCUAGGAUUUCCAAUGGAUGUUGCAUCAACCAUACCAUUUCAAACAAUAUACCAAUUCUUUGAUGGGAAAAAGCAAGAAGGAGACAUUUUUGGCUUCCUCAACUUGCUCAGACUAUGGCGACUGCGUCGCGUUAGUAAAUUCUUCUCAAGACUAGAGAAGGACACUCAAUCCAGCUACUUCUGGACAAGAUUUUGUAAACUAGUUUGGGUGACCUUAUUCGCGGUGCAUUCCUCUGGUUGUUUCUAUUACUGGCUAGCAACACAUUAUCAUACAGCAGAAAAUACCUGGAUUGGAUCAAAUGUUACUAAUUUCCAAGAAAGAAGUGUCUCUCUAGGGUACACAUAUUCCAUGUAUUGGUCUUUUGUUACCCUCACCACAGUAGGUUAUGGCGAUCUUUGUGCACAUAAUACAGGGGAGAAGGUUUUCUCCAUCUUCUACAUGCUUUUCAACAUUGGCCUCACUGCUUACUUAAUUGGCAACAUGACCAAUCUUAUUGUCCAUAGUGUUGAUAGAACCUUCGCGAUGAGAGACGCCAUGAUUGAGACACUGCGAUAUGCAAGCAAGAAGAGACUUCCAGAAGGCAUAAAAGAGCAAAUGCUAGCACAUUUAACAUUCAGAUUCAAGACUGCAGAAUUACAUCAAGAGGAAGUACUAGAAGACUUCCCUAAGGCAAUAAGAUGUAGUAUUGCACAGCAUCUUUUCCAUACAACCCUUGAAAAUACCUAUCCUUUUAAAGGGGUUUCCGAAGACUUCUUAGUCCAAUUGGUUUCGGAGAUAAAAGCAGAAUACUUUCCACCAAAAGUUGACAUUGUUAUUCAAAAUGAGAUACCAACAGAUUUCUACAUCAUUGUCUCCGGAGCUGUGGAAGUAGUUACAUACAAGAAUGGAACAGAACAGUUCCUGUCAAAACUGGAAUCCUCAGAAUUGUUUGGGGAAAUAGGUGUUAUCUUUAAUAUGCCCCAACCUUUCACCGUGAGAAGUAAGAGACUUUCUCAGGUUGUUCGAAUCAGCCAUCAUCAUUUCAAGCAACUGGUGCAGCCCCUUAACGCAGAUGGAAAGAUAAUCGUUGCUAACUUUCUACAGCAUUUUGAAGGAAUGGAAGAGCUACAAGAGAUACCACUCAUAUCGGAGCUGCUCAGUGACCUAAAUAGUGAGGAGGGGUCAGUGAAUAAGGGACAAAAUCAUGAAGGACCAAGCCAAGAAGGAACACGAAUUCCCGGAUUGUCAGGCACACUCCCCACUAGGAUUAUAAUACAUGGACAUCAUCCACAUGAUAAACCAAAUGAACGAGGAAUUGCAGGAAAACUAAUACAUCUACCAGAGUCAGUUGAAGGUCUCCUAACAAUAUCAGAAAAAAAGUUUGGCAAAAGAGGAAGCAUAAUUCUCAUGGCAGAUGGCUCCCAACAGGAGGAUUUGGGUGCUUUGCGAGAAAAUGAUCACUUGUAUAUAGUUUGA